AUGGAUAGAAGAGGCCCAAUGAUUGAUGAAUUUGCCCUGCAAAUAGAUGAUCAGAUCUCUUUAGCUGCAAGGAAUGAAGAAGGCAAUAGUAAAUGGAGUGAUAUUGUUGCAUAUAAAACACUUCCUGCUCGACCCGACCCCCCUAGCAAACCUCAAAUUAAGGGGAAAAUUCAUCCACAUUAUUUUAGAAUCACAUGGGAUCCUCCAAAAGAUGAAGGUGGAGCUGAAAUCACCAAAUAUAUUGUAGAGCUAGAUGAUGGGAAAGGUUAUGAGAUGGUGUUUGAAGGUACGGAGCGGGAACAUACAUGUUAUGAAUUGAUUCCGGGUCAUACAUACCACGUACGAGUUGCAGCAUGCAGUGUUGGGGGUCGUAGUGAUUUUUCUGAAGUUUGUAUUGCAACAACUCAGUCAGUACCACCAGGACAGUGUUCAGUCCCAAAACUUCAGGGCAAACCUAAAGCUACAUCUCUACACCUCAGAUGGACGUGUCCUGAUAAUAAUGGUGGUGCCCAGGUGACAGAGUUUGCGGCCCAGAUGAUACUUCCCGACAACACAAGUCGAGAGGUUUACAAGGGUCGGGACUUUGACUGUAUAGUAGCAGGAUUGUCCCCAGGGCGUCCUUACCUCUUCCAAGUUCGAGCUUUCAAUAGAGCAGGGGGUGGACCUUGGUCUGAGCCUCUAGAGGUUGUCAGCGGUGCUGGUGUGCCGGACCCUCCCAAGAUGCCACUGUGUAUGUGCAGGUCAGCACAUAGUACACUCGUGCAGUGGGAGGGGCCAGUUAAUAAUGGUGCUACAAUAACAGACUAUAGAUUAGAGUGGCAGUUAAAAUCAGACCAAGAAUUCGCACAGCUAUAUUUUGGCCCAAACACCAGCUUUGAAGUAAAAGGACUAAAUCCUGCAACAUGUUACGCAUUUAGGGUCCAAGCAAUAAAUAGUGCCGGGCAUGGCCUAUAUAGCCCUGUAGCUAUGUGUCAGACUCCUCCUUCAAGCCCGUCUGCAGUUAUUUCAAUACGCGCAAGCGCGGCAGCCACAAGUGUUCAUUUGGUGUGGAAAGAACCGCACGAUAACGGAAGUGAAAUAUACGCAUAUAAUAUAGACAUUGGAGAUAAACAGUUGACAUGUGUUAGUGCUGUAACGGAAUACACGUUAGAGGAUCUAACACCAGAAACAACUUACAAGGUUCGUAUUCAAGCAGUGAAUGGUAUAGGAGUAGGAGCAUUUAGUUCACAAGUGAAGUUCACGACUCGAGCUUUACCACCACGACCGCCAAAACUUGAAUGUUGUGGAGCAUCACAUAAUAGUAUAAAGUUAAAAUGGGGAGAGGGACGUAACAUAGAUCUCAUCACCUUUACACUGGAAAUGGAUAGGGAAGAUGGAAAUUUCCAAGAGGUGUAUAAAGGUCAGGCAUUUACGUAUAAAGUAAAUCGUCUGUUGGAGAUGACAAAUUAUGAUUUUAGGAUAUAUGCUAGUAACGAUGCUGGAAGCGGACCAUACUCAGAAACUUAUACAUUCUCCACGACCACCGCCCCACCCCCAGCAUUAAAAGCACCAAAAGUUGAUAACAUUACAUUAACAAGCUGUUUGGUGGAAUGGCAAGCAUGUAAACGUAUGGGAGAGGACAGGAUAGUAUACGUACUGCAAUUACAGAGUAGAGAUCAUGAAUAUAAACAGAUUUACAAAGGGUCAGAGACUUCAUAUAGCCUUGAUAAUCUACAGUGUAAAACUGACUAUCAUGUACGUGUAUGCGCUAUCAGACAAUUCAGUGAUGACAGUGAAAUUAGCGGGGCGUUUAGUCCUGGUCAGAAUUUCUCAACGGCUAGUCCGGAACCUGUUAAAAACAUCAUUUCACCAUUGGCGGAGACAAAAGUGUCGGAACGUAAACAAUUGACAGAUCAGCAGUUAGCAGCGUUAUUCGUGCUAGGGAUCACUGUGGUGGCUGUGUUAAUUGCUUAUAUAGCCCAGUCGUUCUUGUCGUACACGUCCGGAUCUGGAAAUAUUCGUGAUGAAGUGUGAUAAAGUAGCAAUGUUGUUGGGGGAUGAUGUUGGAGAAUAUAUAUAUAUUAUAUAUAUAUAUAAACCGUUACGGAUAUAACAAUAACAGAGCUGGAAUUCUGUACAAAAUGUUGUGAUUCUAUUGUUCCUUGUUCUUUUAUUUCUUUGGCAUUUAAAAAAAAAUUCUUUUUCGUCAUUUUAUAAUUUUUUCUUUCUUUUUUUUUCAAAGAAAUUUUUUUGUCCAUGUGCAGGCACAAUGACUUUUGUAUUGUUAAGAAUAUUAUAGUGCUAUGUUAUUUAUAAUGACACGAGACCGAGUUAUUUGGCUAAGUUGUAAAACAGCUGAUAAGUGAUUCUUUACAAUUUAUGUAAAAUGACUUUCUGUAAAAAAAAAAUUGUCAACCUUCCCUUGUUGUUUAAAUUAUUAGGUAUAGAAGUGAAAAAGUUUUCACCAGUUUUCAAUAUUGAUUUAAUACCAACGAUGAAAAUAUGCAUGAAGAUCAAAGAAACAAAACUUUUGGGCAUAAUAUAUCUGAGUCUUGAUUUUUGAAUGUUAUUAAUGUAUAUAUAAAUGGUCUUCAUGAAAAUUAUUUAAAAAAAGAAGUAAGUGUAGGUCUCAUUAUUUUGCUUGUUGCACUCUGAUAUAUUGCCAAACUAAAUUCCCCUUUUUUCUAGGGAAAGGGAAGUAAUUAGAUUAUGGAGGUGAUCACAUAAUUGGUGAGAGUUACCUCCCUUGCAUAAAUUUCAUUAUUAUAUGAUUAACAUUAUAACAUGAUUAUAAAAUGCACACCUCUGUGUUCGAAUCACAUACAGGAUUAUUUUGUAAGGCUGGUCCAAGAUUUCAUUUAAGUUUAUACAAUUUUUGUGCCAGUUGUUUCAUUUUGCUUAAAAAAAAUUUUUUUUCAUUGUCAUACUUUUAUGAUUGUGAAAAGUUCUAUUCAGUUUUCAUAUAGCUGAGUAUAGGACAUUUUAUUUUCUUUGGUUGUUUCUUAUGAAUGAAAUAGUGGAAUAUAUAGGAACAAAUGUCAGUUUAUCUUCAUUGUUCAAUCUUGGGAAAUGGUAUAUAUCAAAAGAUAGGGUGUUUAUUAUUUUUAUUAAGGUCAUGGCCACAUACAGCAUUUUUCAUAUUUUAACUUUUUUGGGGGAUAAAGUAUUUCAACAUUAAUGACUUCUGCAUCUUAAAAAGACUUAUGUUUUAUUUGAAAGCUGGAAGCAAAAGUGAUUGAUACUAUGAUUAAGAAAUUAGACCAAAGAUGAAGAAAGAGGAAACAGAUAAUUAAAAAAGAGCAUGAUAUUAGUUUGAAAAUAGCCAGUUUCUAAACUGUUAAGUUUUUGUUGGAUUAAAUAGAAUCUGGGAUUGUGUAUAUAUACACAUAUUAUUUUAUUAUUCAUUAUUUUAAAAAAAUAUGGGCUUUGUCCAUAAAUAUUUAUUGUGUCAAUGCUAAAAACAUAUACUUGUGUAAAUCUUUCAUUUUCAUACAGGCAUGUUUUAUGCCACUGCUGUGAAGGUCCUAUUAGUUCAUUGUUGCAAAUUAAAAAACAAAAACCAAUUUGAAAUAACUCAAUUGAUAAUAAAAUAUUUGUAUGAUACUGUAUUGCAGUAGUGGUAGACUCAAGUAAAAUACU